GACUUUUAAUCUCAGUGCUGCUUUUAGAGUACAUUUCUCGGGUUGAGAGCAGGAACUGCAUCUGUACAGUUUCCAGCAAGCGAGAUGGAGGUGGACGAGCUGGUGUGUUUGCCAAGGUUGCCCCGGGUCGCUGUGUGCGGCGGUACCCAUGGCAACGAGCUGUCCGGGGUGUACUUAGUGAGAGAGCUGCUGAAGAUGGAGAAGAAAGUGACGAAGGAGGAAGAGGAGGAGGAGGAGGAGGAGGAGGAGGAUGAGCGUGUGUCGGUGCUGAUGGUGCUGUCCAACCCGAGGGCCAUGUUGCAGUGCCGCAGAUACGUCGACACCGACCUCAACCGCUGCUUCACCCGCGCCACCCUCAACGGUCCAGUGUCAGACGUUGCACCCUACGAGAUUACCAGAGCCCUAGAACUGAACCGCAUGCUGGGUCCCAAAGGGAGUCCUGCGGCGGUGGAUCUUGUUUGCGACCUCCACAACACCACCGCCAACAUGGGCCUGUGCCUCAUCGCAUACUCCGACUGCGACUGGAUCUGCCUGCACAUAUUCAAACACCUGCAGAGGGAGAUGCCAGAUGUACCAAUAAGAUUCAUCCAUUUCGAUGUCUCCAGUAAAGAGUCAUAUUCCCUCGAUUCAGUGGGAAAACAUGGCUUUGCCAUGGAGAUCGGCCCCCAGCCCCACGGGGUUGUGAGGUCAAACGUUUAUACGGCGAUGAGAGUUGGCGUACAGAACAUGCUAGAUUGGGUCCGCUUCUUCAACUCAGGUACUAUAUUUGAAGGAGGAUUUGUGGAGGUGUUUUCCAUGGUUAAACACAUCGACUACCCAAGAGACAGGGAAACGCGCACCAUCACAGCAGCCAUUCAUCCUCAACUCCAGGACCGAGACUUCUGCCUGCUCCACCCUGGAGACCCACUGUUCCAGACUUUCUCAGGAGAAACUCUGCCGUAUAAAGGCAAAGAACCUCUUUACCCUUUCUUUAUCAAUGAAUGUGCUUAUUACGAGAAGGGCAUCGCUCUCUCCCUGGCGAGAAAAAGGCGCGUGAUGAUUCCCUCUAUCCGGGUGCAGACAGAGCAUGAGCAGGAAUCGUACGUACAGGAAUUCACUUCAGAGGAAGAGGAAUGAGGAUGGACUUUUUAAAUCAAGCGC